AUGAAGAGGCCGGCACUGGAAGGAAACUAUUGGAGGCUUGACCAAAUUCUCAAGAGAAAAGCAAGUCAAGGCGUACACAUUUUCAUUCUCAUGUACAAAGAAGUGGAAAUGGCUCUCGGUCUGAACAGUAUAUACAGCAAACGCACAUUUCAAGCUCUCCAUCCUAACAUCAAGGUUAUGCGGCACCCUGAUCAUUACCCAUCCACAGGGACAUUUUUCUGGGCACAUCAUGAGAAACUAGUUAUCAUUGAUCAGCUUAUUGCGUUUGUUGGUGGAGUUGAUCUUUGCUUUGGCCGUUGGGAUGACCACCACCAUAUGCUGACUGAUCUUGGAUCAGUGCAGUUUGGUCAGCAACACCUCGUUAUGCACAGCAUUAACAUGGCUUCUGGUCUGAGGUCAUUGGUGAGUGCUCCACUCACUCUUUCACCACUUGGCCUGGAAGAAACGGAGGAAGUUGAUUCCAGUAAGAAAGAAGGAUCUGAUUCCACUAAGAAAGUUGAGUCGCCUGAAAAGAGUGAAGGUCAUUUCUGUCAUGUCAUUUCUGGAGGAGAUUCGAAAGAACCACGUCGAGUGACAACAAUCACAAUCGGUAACGUUGAGGAAGGCGAGUCGUCAGAUCUGGACAAGUCCGCAGGAGAUAGUCAGGUCGUUUACGCUGAUGCAGACACAGGAGGGGUGUUGCUCACUAUAAGCCGGAAAGGUACUCGUUCUGUCUCAGCAGAUUCACCGCGGAGGACUCCCACACCUGAACCUUCAGCUCCCAGUCCUCCGCCAUCUGAGCGUAGUGCAGCUUCACGAAUAGCUUCUGUUUCCGGAAAGAAACCCACUUUUCUCAGUGUGGUUGAGGAUGCCAAAGGAAAGAAGAAAGCUGAAGAGCAUGUUCGUCGAGCUGCAUCAGCAGCAGCUCGGUCACGCGCUCCUUUGGAUAUGCUUGACAAAGCGGGUCCACCACCAUCUGUGCUUGGUAAAGCUACGAAAAUGGGUUUGGACUUCUCAACGGCUGUGGAAAAGUACAAGGAAUACGUUCAAAGUGGAGCAGUACAGAAGGAGAAACAUCGCUCGCAAACUCCGCCAUUGAAGAGAAAGGAAAGUCGUUUUACCAGAGCAGUUGAUAACUGGAAGAGCAAUCGAGCCAGAAGGAAGUGGAAGCAGGUGCUAGAUUCUGAUGAAGUGACAGCUGGCUAUGAACUGGACUUCCUACGUCUCAAACAAAUGGACUCUGAAGAUAAAGACUCAAUAGAUGGUGGUGUGAAAUUGUGGAUGGGAAAGGAUUACGUGAACUACAUCUACAAAGACUUCGUAGAAGUCGACUUGCCUUUCCAUGAUUUCAUCGAUCGCGGCGCCACACCUCGUAUGCCAUGGCACGACAUUCAUUCUGUUACAUUUGGAGUACCUGCUAGAGGACGUUGCCAGACAUUUCAUACAGCGAUGGAAUGCAACUAA